AUGACCCAAAAAUAAUGGAAUUCAGAUCAUAAGGAUUAAAGAGGAAUGAUAAAACUAUACUGCUGGUUAAGAAUCUUUCAUACCGAUAACAAGAUUAUAUUAUAAAGGGUUGAUAUAAGUGUGCUCUUGGUGUUUGAUAUUACCAAUCCUGAUUCUUUUCAUAAUGUCCAAAAAUGGUAUAGUGAAGUGAGUGAGAACACUGGAACCAAUAGUACCUUUAUCUUAGUUAGGAAUAAGACAGAUCUUUAAUCACAACUUAAGAUUACAACUACUUAGGCAAAGGCUUUCGCAGACGAGUACUAGAUAUAAUAUUUUGAAACAUCUGCCAAAACCAAUCAAAAUAUCGAUCUCAUUUUUGAAAACACAGUUCACUAAAUCUUUGAGAAAAUUGAUAAAUAAUUAAUCGAUUUUGCUAAUGAAGUUUUGCUUUCAGACAACUGUCUUAGAAUAAAGGGAUCAUUUUGGGAGAGCUUUAUUACCAAGAGAAACAAGGGAUUAAGGGGAAAGAUAAAGAUAAAGAUAAAGAUUAAGAUUGCAAGUGUUGAGGAUUUUUUUAAAUAUAAAUAGUUUUAUAAAUUCUGA